AUGUCCAGCAAGGCGACGCUCAAAGGCAUCGCCGAUGCGGUGCGCCAGCAAAAGUUUGACGAUGUCAUUGAAAGGACUCGGGACUUUUUGAAAAAGGAGCCCAACAACUACCAGGGUCAUAUUUUCUUGGCUUUUGCGUUGGAUAAGAAGAACCGACCGGAUGAGGCUGAAGCUGUCUACCAAUCGGCAACUCAGCUGCGUCCACAAGAUGCACAGGCCUGGCAGGGUCUCAUCAAGCUGUAUGAGAAACAGGCUGCUAGGAAGCUGCGCGAGUAUCAAACAGCAAUCGUCCAUCUAGCCCCCAUCUUCCAUCAGGCGGAGGAAUUGUACAAGUGCCAAGAAGCCGUCGAUAAAUUCGUCGACUUUGCACGAGUCCACGGGGAUCAGCUACAGUAUGCCGAUGCCUUGUGGAUCAGAUUGCCCGAGAGCCCUCUAUACUCAAUUCUGGAAGGCUACUUUCCCCAUCCCUCCAAGACUUACGAAACCAUCACUCAUAUUAUCGAGACAUAUGAGAAAAAGGCCAUCAACACGCUCAUUGGAGAGCGACGAACGAGGCUGGGCGCGACAUUGACCGAGGUCACCCUCGAGGUGAAGAGAGAAAUCUACGGCGGCAGCAAGCUGGAGCACCUUUACCGGGAGCUCAUCAACUGGACUACCGAUGAUGAUGUAAGGAGAAGUUAUGAAGAGAAACUGAUCCAAUACUGCCAUGAUCGUCUCCUUGUGUUGCCAGCAGGACCGGAAAAGACGGAGGAGCAGCAGAAGGUUCUUGGACUGGCAAAUGACAUGGUCAUCAUCAGACAUCCCUUCCGACUAGCCUGGGAUAUCGCCAUUAACUGGCAAGACAAGAAAGAAAUCCGCGAUUACGACGCGGAGCUUCUAAGAAAUUACUGCAACUUCUUCCCGGAAAGCGAUCUAUACAAGAUCAUCACUGGGUUCUUAACAAGCAGCUCUUCUCCUUUCGCUGCACCCGCAGCAGAAGAAUCGAGAAAGGCUUCCUCCGCUGAGACGGAAACCUCUGACGAUAGUGACGACGAAGAUGGUGGCGCACCAACCUUUGUGGUCCCACUGACUGAAGAAGACCGGUUGAUUAUGAUGACUGAUGGUAUUGCAAGUUCCGAAUCUGUCUUUGGAUACAGAUUAGUCGGGCAGUAUCUUCUACGGUUCGGAGAAUAUGAGAGUACAGUGGAAUUAAUGCGAAAGGCUGUCCCAUUCCUUGCCAGACAGAAACCAAAGAUUGGCUUGUCGUACGAAAACACAGAAGAUGCCUAUUCCAUCUCGCUUGCGACAGCGCUCAUCUACUACCAAUCUCCGAGACAUCACCAGGAAGCCAAGCGCCUGUUUGACAAAGUUCUCGAGCACGACAAGUCUUCAACUCCUGCCAUGAUUGGCGUCGGCCUCAUCUUUGAGGAGGAGGAAGAUUACGAAGAGGCUAUCGAUUUCCUUACUCGCGCAUUGGCUCGAGAUGCUUCCAAUCUUCGCGUCAAGUCCGAAGCUGCCUGGGUCAAAGCUCUUAGAGGAGACUGGCAAACAGCGCUGGGUGAACUGCAGGAGUGUCUGGGGCCUUUGGAAGAGCAAGGUGAUGCUUCCAAGGAGCUCCUGGCCGAUACUCAGUAUCGCAUCGGAAUGUGCAUUUGGAACCUGGACACGGGUAGGCAAUCUCGAAAGCGGAAGAAGGGCGAAUGUGCUUAUGCCUAUUGGCUCAAGGCUCUGAACAAUUCCUUGAAUCAUGCCCCGACGUAUACCAGCCUGGGUAUCUUUUACGCCGACUACGCGUCAGAUAAGAAGCGAUCGCGACGAUGCUUUACAAAGGCUCUGGAGCUGUCAUCCUCAGAAGUGACGGCGGCCGAACGCUUAGCCCGAUCUUUUGCGGAUGAUGGAGAUUGGGAUCGGGUGGAACUGGUUGCUCAGCGCAUCGUUGACUCUGGCAAGGUGAAACCUCCACCCGGGUCGAAACGAAAGGGAAUCAGCUGGCCUUUUGCGGCCCUAGGUGUUGCUGAGUUGAACAAGCAAGACUUUCACAAGUCUAUCGUGUCGUUCCAAGCAGCCCUCAGAAUCACCCCCAAUGACUAUCACUCCUGGGUCGGACUCGGCGAAAGCUACCACAGCUCUGGACGGUACAUUGCGGCGACGAAAGCCAUCCUCAACGCAAAGAAACUGGAAGAAGACUCCAAGGUGGAUGCGUCUGGAGACACCUGGUUCACCAACUACAUGCUGGCCAACAUCAAGCGGGAACUGGGCGAGUUUGACGAGGCCAUCACACUCUACCAGACAGUGUUGGAGACACAUGCUGAGGAAGAGGGGGUGAUUCUCGCAUUGAUGCAAACCAUGGUCGACAGUGCCGUUACAAGCGUGGAUAGGGGCCUGUUUGGAAAGGCGGUUCAUCUUGCCGUAGAUACCAUCAACUUUGCGACACAGCGGAGUGGCAGUGUGUUGGAGACUUUUAAUUUUUGGAAAAGCAUUGCUGAGGCUUGUUCUAUAUUUACGCAGGUCCAGAGCCGAACUGCGGAUUUUCCUAUCCACUCUAUCAAGCCUCUUCUGGAGUCUCGACCACAAGAGGCUUUCGAUAUCCUCGCUAAUGUUGACAACGUUGGCACCGAUGCCGUUUACCAAAAAGUCAUAACAGACGAGCAUUUUGGCAUUGAGAUUGCUACGUGUCUACACGCAACGAUUUUGAGUUACAAGCAGGCCAUCCACGUAUCGGCCAAUGAUAUUCACGCACAAGCCGUUGCGUACUAUAACCUGGGAUGGGCUGAAUACCGUGCCCAUACCUGCCUGCCAUCACAGCUGCGGAAAAAGCCGAAUCGAUACAUCAGGGCUGCUGUCAGGGCAUUCAAACGAGCUAUUGAACUGGAAGCCGGCAAUGCGGAUUUCUGGAAUGCCCUGGGCGUAGUGACCAGCGACAUCAAUCCUGCCAUAGCCCAACAUGCCUAUGUCAGAAGCUUGCACUUGAAUGAGCGCAGCCCAGUGGCGUGGACAAAUCUGGGGACUUUGGCAUUGCUAGCAGGGGACUUUAAGCUUGCCAAUGAGAACUUCACGAGGGCUCAGUCAAACGAUCCGGAUUAUGCGCACGCAUGGCUCGGCCAAGGCUUUGUGGCGCUCUUGUUUGGCGAGGCAAAGGAGGCCAGGGGUCUUUUUACGCAUGCUAUGGAAAUAUCCGAAUCGUCAUCGCUGCCUGCACGCCGUCAUUAUUCGUCUUCGCUCUUCGAUCACAUCUUGACGGCUCCGCUCAACCUGAACGUGGCAUCACUCAUCCAGCCUCUGUUUGCUGUUAACCAAGUCCAGAGCCUACGCCCUGAUGAUUUGGCGUUUGUUCAUCUCAAAACUCUUUUGCAAGAGCGCACUGGCGAAAGCCCUCGUGCGGUCGAGACUCUAGAGAAAAUAUGCGAAAAGCUCGAAGCCGAUUACGAAAGGACCGAGUCCGCUGAUGACCUUGCGCGGUUCACUCUGGCACGAACAGAUCUUGCACGGGCAUACCUUGCCUCUGGAUCCUACGAACAAGCCGUCGAGUGCGGAGAAAUGGCAUUGGGGUUGAGCGGCGAGGAGAGCGAGAAUGAGCUGACGAGCGAGCAGCGCAAAAAGGCUCGAUUGUCGGCACACUUGACUGUGGGGCUUGCGCAGUAUUACCUGAAGACGUAUGAUGAGGCAGAGAAGUGCUUCGAGUCGGCGUUGGAGGAAUCUGACAACAACCCUGAUGCGACGUGCUUGCUCGCCCAGGUUCUGUGGGCUCAAGGCACAGAGAGCGCAAGGGAAAAGGCUCGCGGUGCCCUGUUUGAGGUUAUUGAAAAGCAUCCCGACCAUGUGCAAAGCGUGCUACUCCUAGGAGUCAUUGCCCUUCUCGACCAAGACGAGGCAAGCUUGGAAGCCGUGGUAGAAGAGCUCCAAGGCCUCCGCACAAACGACAAGGUGACGGCAGCGGAACAGUCUCGCAUCGGCCAAGUCUUGAGGGCAGUUGCCUCUCUCGGAGACGGAAAGACGGAGCAGGAUAUGGUCUCGCAAGUCCAGACAGACAUCAUGCUCUAUCCCAACCUCCCGCACGGCUGGUCAUCGCUUGCUGAGACGACGGCCGAAGACGGUGAUUACGCGGCUGAGAUGUCGCUCAAGGUCGCCGCGAGGGGCAUUCCGCCGCGAGGAACUUUGGAAGCGCAGGACUUGGCCAGGGCGUAUGCUGGGACGGGCAGAGUGGCGGACGCGCAGAGAGCAGCGUUUUUGGCGCCGUGGGAGGGGUCUGGGUGGAAUGCUCUUGAGAUUAGUGUUGAGGGUAUAUGA